AUGGGCGGAGAAUCUGAGCAACGAUGUGGAGAGGAUGGCCCUGGUGGAGCAGCUCUGAAGGAUAUCGGUGACCAACUCCAACCAAGAAGUGAGGAUGAGGGACCGUAUGAGGAGCCGAGAUACUCCAAGAUCGAUGAAAAGAGGCCAAAGCGUCAUAUUCCAGAAGACUCGAUCAUGUCUGACGUCGUUGAGACAGUGAAAGCGUCGAAUCAUCACCCAAAGCAAAACCCAGGGGUGAUUGGGCGCAUCACCCAGUCUCUGAACCCAUUCGGUCCUUCAGAGCCUUCUACAAUCCCCGAGAAGGUGACUAAGAAGCAGCCGAGCCACAAAUCGGAAACCUCAAGAGAAAACAAACUUCAAAAAGAAGUAACCCAAUUGCGAACUGAUAAGAUUGCUCUGAGCACAAGUCUCAAGGACUUAACAAUCAAGUUCAAUUUGCAAACCAAUGACCUUGAUGGCAAAAAGCACUUGAUCAAGCAAUGGGAAGAUUGGAAACUUAAGUCUGACGAGCACUGGCGCAAACGCGGAGAGGAACUCAGGAAAGCAGAAAGCACUUACAAUCGCUUAUUUGAUGACUAUAAAAAGCUCAAGCGGGCAAAGGAAGAUCUCGAAACCGAGCUUAACGAGGAAAGAGAUGUGAACAAGACUCUGAGACAAGAUAUCCAGAGCCAAGAGGUCGUGGUUACUGAGGCGCAUUCGAGAGCCAUAUCACUACUGGCAGGCCAUGUCUCAAGCGACUUUCCUGAUGACCAGGUUCGAACUGAACUGGGAGAUCUGUUUGAGAAGUGCUCUGAGUGGUGUAUAGACAAUCGCUUGCUGCUGAUUGAAAAGGUCGAAAACACUCGAAACUUGCUGCUUGCUGAAGGCAUCAUCAACGAUCUCGAUGGCGAGGAGCAUCUACGAUUCGACCUGACGCACAGAACAGCUACGGCGGUAUUGCUACAGGCUGCACUAACGAAGACGCUCAUGCAGACCUUUCUCGGAAAUCCAUUCUUCCUGGGCCAAAAUUGCCUAAACAAAACAGCCCUGCAAGGAGGCGCCAGCGCAGAAGCGACGGUGACGUGGAGGAUCCAGACUUGCCAAUACCUAGAGCAUGCAUUUCCCCCGCAUGAACAAGGACUACAAGCAUGUGCCGAGGGCUUCGCAAAGACCUACGAACCCCUCAUCGAGCCCCUUGACAGAGAAAGCCUCACGCAGCUUACCAAGCUUUUCGAGACCACAUGCAGCCUUGCGCUCAGACUCUGGAAGCUAAGAACCAAUAUCCGCAUCGAAGCGCUGGGCGAUGCAACCCUCCACCAGUUCCAGAGCAUGUUCGGCGACAUGGAGGCGCACCCAACCGUCGGUCUCUUGAAAGGUGAUAAGCGGUUCGACGGUCGCCCGAUUUGUGUGGUAGUGCGCCCGCGAAUUGUCUCGGAGCCAGUGGAAUCUGAGAAUCGCGGACGAGGCAUUGUCUGGUCGCCUGCGCAGGUUUGGGUGUCUAAUUGGGAGGAUGCAGUGUAUUAG